GUAACAAAAAUUGACUUUUUAACCUCAUCACAAACUAGAAACACAAAAGCCCUUCUGACUGAGUCCGACCAAAACGCAAUCUCAACUUCAAUCGCAGCAAUGGCGGAUGAUCCACUUAGCAGAUCUCCUGCCGAUGGAGUAUCCGAAGAUCAACUCUUCGACAGAGAACGACACAUACGCUACCUUGAGAUGAACUACCAGAUAUUACCAUCACCCUACGAGGGUCAAGAAAUCAACCAUCUUACUCUCGCCUACUUCAUCAUCUCCGGUCUCCACAUCCUCCAUGCCCUCGAUCGUAUUGACAGAGAAGAUGUUAUAAAUUGGGUUUUGUCGUUGCAAGCUCAUCCGAAGAAUGAAGAUGAUCUAAACAAUGGGCAGUUUUAUGGAUUUCAUGGCUCUAAAAGCUCUCAGUUUGAUUCUGUUGAUAAUGUGGUUUCGGUUCCAAACAAUAGUCACCUGGCAAGCACAUACUGUGCAUUAGCCAUAUUGAAGAUAGUUGACUAUGACUUUUCGCUUAUUGACUCUAGUUCAAUUUCAAAGUCAAUGAAACAUCUUCAACAAUCUGAUGGGAGUUUCAUGCCAAUUCAUACGGGGGCGGAGACGGAUUUACGGUUUGUAUAUUGUGCUGCUGUUAUUUCUUCUCUAUUGGAUAAUUGGAGUGGCGUUGAUAAAGAGAAGGCCAAGAACUACAUAUUGAGUUGUCAGUCAUAUGAUGGUGGUUUUGGACUAAUUCCUGGUCAAGAAUCUCAUGGUGGUGCAACUUACUGCGCUGUAGCAUCUCUUCGGUUGAUGGGUUUCAUCGAAGAUGAUCUGGUUUCUAAAUGCACAUCCUCUUGCAUCAUAGAUGUUCCAUUGCUUCUAGAGUGGUGUUUGCAGAGGCAAGCAGUCGAUGGAGGAUUUCAAGGAAGACCUAACAAAAUUAGUGACACGUGUUACGCUUUUUGGAUUGGUGGAGUUCUGAAGAUUUUAGGUGCUAAUAAAUUUAUGAACGAAAGAACCCUACGUGAAUUUUUGCUUACAUGCCAGUCUAAGUACGGUGGUUUCAGCAAGUUCCCUAGACAAUUGCCGGAUCUUUACCAUUCGUAUUACGGAUUCACAGCAUUCAGCAUGUUGCAAGAAACCGGUCUCAACUCUCUUAAUAUAGAAUUGGGUAUAAGUACCAUCCAUCACACUUUGAUCUAGUUUUACUCACUUUUUUUAUUGAUCUUGUAUCAUUUCUCAUGUAAUUUUCUUCCAAUAACUUAUCAACGCCCCCACAUUUUGUUUUGCAUUAUUUAAGCCUGGAGAUUUUUGGCUUGUACCAUAUGCAUGAAAAAUUGUAUGUUGUACUACACUAAAAAUCAAGAGACAAUGAUUUGACAAGAGAUCGUGUUUGGAUA